AUAGGGAGGGUGAAAUGUCGCAUGGCAGGAGUCGACGGCCAUGGGGACUGAGCCGAGAGGGUGUCGUCACACACACACACACGCACACACCGAGCUGGCGGAUAUGUAUGUAGAUAGAUAUAGAUGGGAGGGUUCUAUAUACCUCGGGUGCCGAGAGAAUAGAUGAAAAGCACUCCGGUGUACAUUGGUUGGUGGGUAGAUGGAGGUGCUCUGGAUCUGAGGAGUCGCUGGGGAGAAAUAAAAGUACAUAGUAGCGUUGCUAUCUGCAUCCGUCCAUCCAUCUCCAGGUGCAAAAGAGGAUGUGAGCGCAUCGUCGGCUCUGUCUGUCCGUCUUCCUCGGCCUUGUCUCACUUGGAGCCGUGGCUCGGCAUCGGCCACCCGUCUCGUCUCCUCGUCUCUCUGGACGGCAGCCAACAGUCAAUCACCUGUCAGUCAGUCUGUCUAUCUGUCUGUCUGUCGGUCUGUCUGUCGACCCCUCAAUUCUUGGGAACCAUUCACGGCGAUGGCGUUCACCGAGCAGCGAGCAGGCGAGCAUCUCGAGAUACCGAUCCCCCCUCCCCAAUCACACCCUGCCGGAUCCCAUCAUCACGAGCACAUCAGGCCUCGGUCUAAAUAGGAAGGCCAAUAAUCUCGCAAUACCACCACGGCGGGAACCCGGCGCUUGUCUUGAACGAACGACACUGACCGAAGGAUGCCACACACACAUCACACACAUCACACACAUACAUACGGUACAUACACACGCACACUACACA